AUGGAAAAAUUCAGUGCGUGGAGGGAUCCCGGAACUGGUGUGCAAGCGAGUGUGCCCUUUUUGACACCCGUGCCCCCCCAAUCAACAAAAUCAUUGGCGGACUACGGAGCUGCUGCUUUUGGAAUAGUAUUUGGCGUGUUCAGGAGUAUACUGGCCUUAAUAUUGCUCGCGUUAUUUGUGGCAUUCCACCUGGUCUGCGUUCUAUUGCUACCUAUACCGCCGUUACAUAGGUUCUUCUCCUGGCUUGUUAUAGCCAUACUUGGCCGUAUUUUCCUUUGCUUGCUGGGAUUCUGGUCGAUUUCUACCUACGUUGCAUCACGGAAAAACAGGCGGGCGGAUACCGCAACGAGUGAUGACUGGUCUCCUGGCCCUGGGGACAUCAUAGUCUCCAACUGGGCUUCCUGGAUUGAAGUUCUUUGGCUUGCGGUCCGGUAUAACCCCCAAUUUGUGCUUCCUGUAUGUGCGUCUCCCACCCUAUCUGCAACGCAAACCACCGCACCGGCGACUCCUGGGCGCCGUACCGGUACCGGGUCGGCUCAGGUUAGUACGGCAUCGGCUGCUCGUCGCCAGCAAAUCCUGGGCUUUAGAACGGCCUCGCUCCUCGAGAUGAUCCUCGCGACUGGACACGUUCCUCCAUAUGGCAGUUCGACGUCCACUGUCAUGGCAACAAUAGAGGACAUUCGUGCUCAAUGUGAUCGGCCACUAGUUGUGCUCCCCGAAUGCACGACUAGCAAUGGACGCGCGUUGAUUCGAUUUGCCGACGUAUUUGUGGCAGGAAAGGGAAAACAUAUUAAGCACCCUGUGAAGGGGUUCAAGAUGUAUAUUAUGUGUGCUCGGUACGCACUCUUUCCAAAUGGAUGUGCUGCUUCCGGGUUUAACGAUCGCAUUCGUCAGCUCCUCACAUUGUUAAGCUCCUUUUCGCCCCUGCUCUCGCACAAUCUCUCGAUUCGCCUAGUGGCCCCAUCUGAUUCGCCCUCCUCGGGGUCAUUUAUGGCUAGCGAAGUUAUUCUCGACAAUGGCAUUGCGCCAGCAGACGAAAUAUCUGAAGCCUGCGCAGUUCUUAUGGCACAAGCCUCAAAACUAAAGCGCGUCGGGAUGGGAUGGGAAGAUAAGGCUGCAUUUCUUGAUUUUUAUCGCAAACGCAAGUCCCUAUAA